AUGGCUGACAGGAAGCACCGGGCCCAGAGCCCAGGCCAGCGGGCCGUCGAGCUUAUCGGCGACCAUCGCAUGAAUGACCUGGUCUUUGGCCAUCCAGGCCGCAUAACUUAUACCCCCCUAGAAAUUGAUGUGGACGGGGCUGACGUGGGCGACCUCUCGUCCAACCGAAGUAUCGCAGAAGAAGAUACUGUGCUUCAGCAGGUCACCAAGACUGCUGAAUGGUUUCCGUCAACAGGUGUUGCCUCAGAAACGAGGUCAUUCUUGAAAAGAGAGCGUCGUCCGCAUCGAAGCUGGCUGCUGAAAGGCCAGCCGCAAGCUUUUAUGGGAACCCUAGGCGUCGAUUCAUCGAUCGCCGAUGAGCUCAAACAUCCCAGCACCCCGGAUGAUCAGGAACGACCUUUGUCUCUCCUGACUGUGGGAGAGAUCACUGAUGCUACUGAUCCCUCUCGUUCAACAGGCCACCCUGCUCUGGCGAUGGCUGUCGGGCAGUCCGGCCACAUACUUCGUGUUGUCAAAUUGCAGGCUGAAAACUGGCAGUGGGAGAAAGGCGAGAGCGUCUCCUUGGGCCUGGUAUCAGGUCAGGAGACCGAGGAAGGCCAUUUGUGUGGAGACAGCGUCCCUUACCAUCAACUCAAGUUUGUCUCUAGCCGCAAGCGUUACAGUCCCACUCGCUGGCUCCUGGCCCAGAAGUCCACCCGAACAACGAUCUUUGCCCCGGAGCUUGGGCGGUUGCCGAUCUCAUGCAGUAGUGAUGCGUGCUCUCUUGCAGCAACUAGUUUGCCUUACAUCUCGAUCAAGCCUGUCAUCAAUCUCAGCGGGGAGAAAACGGGAGGCAUCUCUCAUCGCGAUGUGGCCUUCAACCCGGGAGCAGACUCCAAUCCUCCGCAGAUCGCAGUCAUUGAUGAAUGCGGAAACUGGACAGUCUGGGAUAUCAUGGAAACGAGAAGCGAUGGCCACAGAAAGCUAUACCCGUUACGCCGGUUCUGUGGCCAGUUCAUCAACGGUUUGAUGGAGAACUCUGUCUUGUUCGGGUCUGGCCAAGGGGAUUCGUACCGACUAUGCUGGGUCAGGUCCAAGAAAGGACUAUCUCGGUGGUUGCGAGAUCUGGAUAGCCCGCUGGGUAACCCCCAUUCCGAGACAGGCCAAGGCUCGCCGGAUGAUGUGUCCUCUCGCUGUGAGAGUCUUCUAUUGUCUGAUCGGACCACGGUCAAGCUAUUCUGCUUGACGACCGGGCGGUUCCUGAGAGCCCUGACAAUGGCCAGGCACAACAAAGCUGAUCGAAUCCUCGAUGUGCACAGGUCUCCGUUCGAUGCCUCUCAGGUGUUUGUUCUUACAACGUCUACUGUGUUCUGGCUAGACCUCUCUGCUGUGAAAGAGUCUCGUGAUCCUGUCUUGACUGGGGUCAAGGCCGAGGACGCCACAGCAAACCGACCCAUUGUGCUCCUUUCAUGCCCACAUCUUCGAGACCAAGGAGACUCUACCCUUAAGAUCGCUGUCUUGUCAGGUUCGAAUCUUGGGAGGAAUGGCCUCUGUCUCACAUGGAUAUACUCCGCUCGAGACGGCUUAACAACAUUGCUGUGGCUCGAGGGACCAAAAACAGGCUGUCCGGCGCGUGUUCAAUAUCACCUCUUCAGGCUGGGGAGCAUUGUGAAUCCAGUACCUCAACAGAUCGAACUGUUGCCUGUAUCGCUAUAUUACAAUUCUGAGGUUCGCGGCGGCGGGCAAGGUCUCAGGUACAGUCAAGAUGGCGCUCGGUUCUUUCAGGUAGUGUUUCUCGGUCCGAAGCUCAGUCUGAGCUCCGCGUUGCUUGCCGUCAAAAGGAGAACCGGGGUAGACAUUGAGAGCACCUCUUACUGCUACCGGCCAACGAGUCGAAGCCACAGGCGCGCCAAAGCGAUCUCGUAUCUUGCGAGUAGUUUUGUGGUCUCUGAUACUUUUGAUGAGAGGAGCGCCGUUCCUCCAGAUCAAACAAUACCUGGGAGUCCCCUACCAGGAACGACGACUGUUGAGGAGGAAGCACAGAUUGCGACGGCGGACUUUUCACGAGUGCUCGAUGUGGUGUCGCAGCGUGUGGCGCAUUCUGUCCAAAGGGUUGAACUGCCAAGCAACCAUGCAAGCGGAUAUGGGCCCUUGGAUCUUCUCGAGAAUCACCUUCAAACCACACACACAGCCGAUCGGCAAAUCUCUCUCCACACACUACUCGAGCUCGCUGGUGACUUCACAGCUGAUUUCGAGACUCAAAUUAUGGGCAAUAAUUGCACGGCACAAUUGGAAAAUCUCAAGAAUGAAUUUGAAGAUCUGCAGGUUGCAGAGCUCUCGAGAGGCGGCCGAAUCAUGAGCGGAGCGUCGCUCUUGAGAGCACUCGAAGUAAUGUGGUCAGAGAGCCUGCCAGAAGGAGUUCUGGAUGAGCACGCUUUACAGCGAAGGCAGUCCUUACUCUCACACAUAACAACUCUUCUGUGUCUCUCCCAGACCGGGGUUACGAUAUCAUCAGUACCUUUGCCGCCCAGAGAAUCGCAGGGAUCUCAAUUGACCAGCUCCGACGCGAUGGAGUUGAGCCCAUCGCCGCCAGGGCGGCUUCCUACGCCUAUAGACACUGCUUCAAUUGCGAAUUCAUCGGUCGGAUCCGACCCUCUCGAGCCAGGCACACCGAAGGAAUCCCCAGGUGACCAAGAAGACGAGGCGAUUACCCGGCUGCGAAGGUAUGCCGUGUCCAUCAAGUCCGUGCCUCCGAGGAAAGAAGGGCAAUUGCGCCUCCUCUCUCACUGGCCAAAGUCUCCUGGGAGCGAUCCGUCUGGGUAUGUUUGGUCCGCAGACAAUGCUAGAAACGCGCUGCUGGACGAGGCUCUGGAGAAGAGAAGGAAAGACGAGGCUCGGCGCCGUCGGAAGGCGGCGAAACUCGGCCUGCAGCGAAGUGAGGAUGACAUGGCCGGGCCCUCGACACAGCCGCUACCUCAUAUCCCGCAUUCUAGCCAGUCUCAGGCGCCAUCUGCAUUUGAGAGCCAGUCGUCCCUGGCUCCGGUACAGACCAUGUCGCAGCCCCUUGGCGGAAGUCACGGUGGCCGGCCGAAGAAGCAGAAGGCGAAGAAAGUGGGCGGUUUCAAGUAG